CUCAAGUUUAAGCCGUGGAAAUGGGACGAAUGGUGAGCAGUUGGGUGACGUUUUUGCUGCUUCAGCUAACGCUGGGCCUAAUUGCUGAUGUGGCUUCUUCCAAUGGUGGCUAUGUUUUGCUGCGUGACGUCAUCAGGCGAACAGAACAAGACAGCACAGAGAAAUCUUCCGUCAUUAGUUCCAUACAGAAUGUGAUGGACAAAGUACUCCUUGACGGGAUAACUGCUAGUGAGUUGAAGGAGACCGCUGAAAGUGUGGGAAACAUUAGCAGCCUGUUAAUAGGCAAUAAGGCAGUAAAUGUAACCGAGGUGGAUGCGGUGUUGAAAGACGCUCUAAACGAUGACGAUCAAAACGCAACGUCCACACAAAAUGACACACUGACAAUGUACAGUAGUCAAUUAGCUACACAGUUGAAACAAUGGGAUUCACUUAAGUCAAGAUUAGACCAACUACAAGAUACUGCGGAAAAUUAUUUAACUACAGUCGCUGGAAUCGUUGUUUCAUCCAGUAACAUUAUAUCUACAGUUGUUGAUACAGUUGACUACCUUGCUCAGAAACAGCGGAGGACUUUAAAAAGAAUUUCCCGUGGAAAGCAAAAGUUUUCAAGGCAGUAUUACGACAGCUAUGGCGGAGGCGGCUACGACUACGGCGAAACCUAUGAUAGUUAUGACUACGGUUAUGAUACUUACGACAACAGCGACACUUAUGAUACUUACGACAACAGCGACACGUAUGAUAGCUAUGACAACAGCGACACUUAUGAUACCUACGACAACAGCGAAACGUAUGAUACCUAUGACAACAGCGACACGUAUGAUACAUAUGACAACAGCGACACGUAUGAUACAUACGACAACAGCGACACGUAUGAUACAUACGACAACAGCGACACUUAUGAUACCUACGACAACAGCGACACUUAUGAUACCUACGACAACAGCGACACUUAUGAUACCUACGACAACAGCGACACUUAUGAUACCUACGACAAUAGCGACACUUCUGAUAGCUAUGACAACAGCGACACUUCUGAUAGCUAUGACAACAGCGACACUUACACCGGCAGCUACGACAAUAGUAUGACAGAUGGUGAUGUUGCAGAUGGUGAGGUUACCGAUGGUUAUGUUACCGAUGGUGAUGUUACAGAUGGUGAAGUUACAGAUGGUGAUGUUACCGAUGGUGAUGUUACAGAUGGUGAGGUUACCGAUGGUUAUGUUACCGAUGGUGAUGUUACAGAUGGUGAAGUUACAGAUGGUGUCGUUACCGAUGGUGAUGUUACAGAUGGUGAGGUUACCGAUGGUUAUGUUACCGAUGGUGAUGUUACAGAUGGUGAGGUUACAGAUGGUGUCGUUACCGAUGGUGAUGUUGCAGAUGGUGAGGUUACCGAUGGUUAUGUUACCGAUGGUGAUGUUACAGAUGGUGAGGUUACAGAUGGUGUGGUUACCGAUGGUGAUGUUACCGAUGGUGAUGUUACAGAUGGUUAUGUUACCGAUGGUGAUGUUACAGAUGGUGAUGUUACCGAUGGUGAUGUUACAGAUGGUGAUGUUACCGAUGGUGAUGUUACAGAUGGUGAAGUUACAGAUGGUGGUGUAACAGAUGGUCAUGUAACAGAUGAUGGUGUGACAGAUCCGGAUACUCAACCGACUACACCAUCAAAUGAAAAUAGCGGGAAACUAGGAAAUGGUGGUGGUGGGAAGGGUAGCGGUGGUGGUGGUGGUGGGAAGGGUAGCGGUGGUGGGGGAAAGGGGGGCGGAGGUGGUGGGAAGGGGGGCGGUGGUUCAAAUGUUGGACCAAACAGGACAACCAGACCACCCAAGACAACCAGACCACCCAAGACAACCAGACCACCUAAGACAACCAGAGCACCUAAGACGACUGUUGCCCAUACGACUCACCAGACAACCGCUAAAGUGACCACGACUCUCAACAACACCAUCACGACAUCAGCCGACCCGUUUCUUUGGGGUGUCGACAAAGUUGCCGAUUACAAAUCUCCAAACGGCAGCAUCUUGGCGUCCACUCUUUUGUAUAAGCAGUACCAAUGGCAGGCUUAA